AUGGUACUCAGGUACUGUCCCAGGUGCCCAUACUUUUCUGAACAAUUUACCAGAGUGCUCACCCAUAUAGGAGUCGUGCAUGGCGGUGAGGAUAAAUUCACAGUUUUGUGUGGAAUCAACGGUUGUACAAACAGCUACAACCAGUUUGUAUCCUACAAGUCCCAUAUUUAUCGUUGCCACAGGGAUGUGCUGCUUAACACUGGAAGUAGCUUCAGCAGUGAGAGAACAAAUGAUGACCCCCGAGACUUCCAAAGCACUGACGAAAAUCGUGCCUAUGACGAUGUCGACGAACGAAGUCUACAGUCAGAAGCAAGUGCAAGCAGUACCAGAUCCCCAAAGAGAAAGCAGUUCGAAGAUUUCGUUGCAGAAGCCAAAGCUGCCAUCUGGAACUUCUUUUUCAAUGUCACUGAAAAUCACAAGCUGCCCCACAGCGCAGCCACAAAAAUCUUUGGGGACCUACAACUUGUUUUCGAGCACGUCAUCAAGGCAUUUGCCGAUGAAAUCGCAGCCAAGAUUGAUGUGUCCGCCCUGCCUCCUGAUGUCAUCUCACUCCUGGAAUGUUCGUUCCUGCCCGACCUUUUCGAGGGCAUCCAGAGUAAGCACUUGCGGGAACAAUAUGCCAAGGCGAACUUUCCAUAUGUGGAACCGGAAAGCUGCAAGCUCAAUGCUGAAGGCGGUGAAUACCACUACGUGCCAAUCCCCAGACUCCUCAGAAAGCUCUGCGAGAUUCCUGACAUUGCUGCUGAGCUUGUUACACCACAAGCACGUUGUGAUGACGCUGAGGUGUACAGGGACUUCUCUGAUGGGCUCUUGUUCCGAGACCUUAAAGACCUCAUCUCUGAAGGGGACCAGUAUACCAUUUUUAUUUUGUUAUACUCUGACGAAGUAGAAAUCUGCAACCCACUGGGAGCUAAGCGUGGAGUUCACAAACUGCUCGCAGUGUAUUUCACACUGCUGAAUCUCCACGCAAGGCACAGGUCCCAGUUGAGGUCCAUUUUCCUGGUGCUCCUUGCAAGGUAUGAGGACGUACAGGAGUAUGGCCUGGACGUCAUUCUUCGCCCUUUGCUUAAUGAUCUCAAGGAACUGCACUCUUGUGGAGUAAUGUUCAUCAGCAGAGGUGAGACGCACAAUGCACACGUGUUUGUUUUUUGCGUGUGUGGUGACAAUCUUUCAAUGAACCGCCUUGGAGGUUUUACAUGUUGUUUCAGCCAGGGCAGGGUGUGUCGCUUCUGUAUGGCGACAUCCGGCAAACUUUCAACGCUAACAACGGAGGACUUCUGUGUGCUGCGUUCAGCUGAAGCACACCAGGAGCACCUUCAAGCGAUCACUGUCAACCCCAAGCAAAACAAGAGAAUAUAUGGUGUGAAUGAACGAUCUCCAAUGCUGGAACUCCCGUAUUUUGAUGUCACACGCCAAUUGCCCCCUGACUUGAUGCAUGACAUUUUGGAAGGGGGCUUCGAGAUCGUUCUUCGACAAGUUCUGAAAGCGCUAGUUGACGAUGGCAUACUGGCGUACAGCGACUUGGAUCACAUUACUUCAUUCGAGUAUGGGCACAAUGACAAAAAGAACAAACCUGUUGGAAUGAACAGGUCAUUCCUAACAAACAAGGCAAACCUGAAAGGAACCGCUUCUGAGAAGUGGUGCCUUCUCAGACUCCUGAGUUUGAUCCUUGGCAACCUGGUGCCAGAAGACAACCCUGAUUGGGAGCUGUACCUUCAGUUUCGCGAAAUAGUGGACCUCAGUUUUGCCACUGUCAUACCCUGCGAGUACCUGCCCUACCUAGAGUCACUUGUGCAGACAUUCCUUGUGGAAUUCGCACAACGCUAUGGUGCUGCAUCUGUAAUUCCAAAACUGCACUACCUCGUGCACUAUGCCAGAUUUAUUCGUGAACUAGGGCCACUGCAACAGUUCUGGUCAAUGAGGUUCGAAGCCAAGCACCAAUAUUUUAAAAGCUUAGCAUCACGGGUCAAGAACUUCAAGAACAUAACUCUAACCUUGUCGAAAAGGCAUCAACUGUUGCAGAGCCACCAGCUUAACGAGCUCGCUUUAGACUGUGAGCUCAUGGCAUCAUCUGGCAAGCCCAUUAAGCAGAGUGCUCUGCCUCCUUGUGUUCAAGGACUGCUGCCACCGAAUGCGCACCAGGUACUGCAUGCGUCGCUCGACCACCGUGAUUAUCGGUGCGGUGAUGUCCUUGUGAAAGCUUCUCAGGAUAUCGAGCCAGUGUUCUAUAGAGUCGAGGCUCUGUAUGUUGCUUCGUGCAAAUUGUUCAUUUUGGCUGAGCUGCUAACUAAUGAGGGUUUCCACAGACACAGGUUCUGCUACUGUGUCCGCAGAUCUGGUGAGCUAGAACUCGUGGAGGCUAACAGUGAUGACACACUCCACUGUGCUUUAGAUUUGUACAACAAUAGUGAAGUUGUUCUCAAAUGGGAAGUGUGUUAA